CCUUGGUUGAAGGGGCGGAGCAAGCGAAAGAACACCGAGGGGUCGGCUAACUAGGGGAUUGCCGGGCACUCUCGGGGCGGUGGCGAGGCGGCGGGAGCGAUGGUUUACAUUUCGAAUGGACAAGUUUUGGAUAACCGGAGUCGGGCUCCAUGGAGUUUGUCAUCUAUAACUGACUUCUUCUGGGGAAUAGCAGAUUUCAUAGUUUUGUUUUUUCAGAGCAUUAUUCACCCAGAUUUGAGGAGAGGCUACACAUCUUCCUCUUCUUCAAGAUACGAUGAUGGAAGAGGACCUCCAGGAUUUCCUCGCCGUAGAAUGGGUCGAAUAACCCACUUUGGAGGUCCAAAUCCGCCACCAAUGGCUGGUGGUGGAUGAGGAAGGUAG